AUCGUACCACUGUAGUCCAGCCCGGCGACAGAGCGAGACUGUGUCUCAAAACAAAAAGAAUUUAUGGAAGACCCGAAGCUUUAGUUAUGUAGGUUAUAUCUAUGAAUAUUAACUAUAUCAAAAAUUAAAUGACUUUUUAAAUGAAAAAUAGCCAUAUUUUUAAAAAUUGGUAAGAGUGUCAUUGUUUUAUCAGUUUUGCAAAUCACCUAACGUCUAGCUGGAUUUUUAUAUCUGCUUCUGCCUUCACUUUAUUGCAAAAUGUGUUGUUUGACAUCUGAAGAAAAUCUGGCCUCACAAAUAUAUGAUUGGAGAAAGGGAGAGUGUUUAGCCUUUCAGACUUUCAGAUAAGUGUGGAUGUUCUUUGAUACUACAACCAAAAAUCAAGUGGUAGUUUGUUAAAAGCUGGUUGCAGUGUGGCUCAGUUAACUUUUUGCACUCUUAUGUUAAAAUUCAUUAAUCUGUCUUGUACUUUGAAUGGAUCUUUAACCCAUGAAUGAUUUCUGUAAUAUGCUAUUGUCAUUUGGAAAAUAUUGGUUUAUUGAGUACUGCAGAUCUUUCAAAUGUGGACAUAUUUUAUUAUGCAGUAUUUUUUAAAUCACCACUAAUCUCAGAAAACUUCUUAAGUUUUGGGAAUCAAUCACGUUGAAGUUGGAAGAUACAAGUUUUCCAAAAUUCUAAUUAUCACUUGAAAGCCAAAAUUUUAUCGUUAGUGGUAAUUACUGUCAGUCAUUUUAUUUGAAGUGACAGUCUCAUUUUUUUCAUUUUCAAGAAAAUAUCUGCAGAUACCCACUUCUGGAUAAUUGUUUGUCUUGAAACUAUUUAUGGUGAACUAUUUACAGUACUUUGAAGUAAAAAUGUUUUCCAUGAAAAAAGUGGCUAAUUUAUUAUAACUCAACAUUUCCAUAUGAGCUUUUCCUUGAGACAACCAUCAUCCUUUUGUGUCCAGAAGUAUUUUAUGCCUAUGUCCUAGUUUGUCAAACAGAAUUACUUUCUUCUGGCCCUACCACUUGGCCAAGACAGAAUAUUUUUUAAUUGUACUUAAGGAUGAAAUUUAAAUAAUUUCAAAUAUUUUGCUGUUUCAUUGAGUACAUCCUUAAGUGAAACUGAUACUUUUUUUAUUUUUUAUUUUUAGCAGUGAAUGUGUAGCAGGGAAUAACAUGAAUAUUAGUACAUUUGGGUGCUGCUGCCUUGAUUUCUGCUAAGGCUGACAGUUUUAGACACUAUUGCCUUUUUUCUUUUCCAAAUUCAUUGAAGUGAAAUUAGUAUUUUUUUUAAAAAAAAACCAUUUCAUUGGCAUUUAGUAUAUUCAUAAUUUGUGACUAUCACCUUUCUUGUUCCAGAGCAUUUCCAUCACUUCAAAGUAAAACACCUUAUACAUUAAGCAGUUUCUCCUGAUUUCCCUCUCCCCACAGUGCCUGUCAAUCACCAGGAUGCAUUGUAUCUAUAGAUGUAUCUAUUCUGAAUAGCUCAUAUAAAUGGAAUCCAGUGUGACUUUUUUAAGACUGGAUAUUAUUACUCUGUUGCUCAGGCUAUAGUGCAGUGACUUUUUAUGUCUGGUUCUUUGCCUUAGCAUAAUAUUUUCAAGGUUUGUCCAUGUUGUACCAUGUAUCAGUACUUAAUUCUUUUUGUUAAUAGGUGAAUAAUAUUCCACUGUAUGUAUAUAACACAAUGUGCUUAUCCAGUCAUUCACUUACUGAUUUGGGCUGUUUUUGUCUUUUGACUAUUGUGAAUAGUGCUAUUAUGAAUAUACAGGUACAUGUGUUUGAGUACCUGUUUUCAGUUUUUUGGGUGUAUACCAAAGAGUGGGAUUGCAGGGUCCUACCAUUAGCUUUGCAACAUCAGUUGCAAAGUGAUGUUGCAAACAUCAACACAACGAAAAGGCAAAUAACAUUAUUAUGAAAACAGUUUUGAUCUUGGGGAUCCCCCUGGGAUUUGAAGACCAUACCUUGAGAUUCUCUGUCCUGUAGAUUCCAGAGUUGCUCAUAUGAAUAUGUGAUCUCUCAUCAUCACUUGGUUUUCACUAGCACUACCUAAUACAGGCUAGCUCGUCUUCAAAACUGCACUAUCAAAGUCAGGCAUGGUGGGAUUAUGUACCUGUAAUCCUAGCUACUCGGGAGGCUGAGAUAGGAGAAUCUUUUGAGCCCAAGAGUUCGAGGCCAGCCUGGGCAACACAGCAGGACCCUGUCUCUUUAACAAACAAAAACAAAAAAACUGCACUAUCAGAUGUGCUUUGUAAUCUAUAAGGUAUGGAUGAGAAAAUUAACACUUAGGGAGUAUAAAUGUGAGAGAACUGGAUACCAGGUUUUCUUAUUUCAAGGCUAAUGUUCUUACUCUAUUUUGAGAGGUCAUUUCGUUUAUAAAGAUAAAGAAGUUAUAAUUUAAACUGCUUAAUGGUGUCCUUGAUGUUUAUUCUUAGAGACAUUUUAAAUCCAAAGGAUGUGAUCAGUGUCCAGCUGGAAGAAGCUACCUCUUGCAAAACUUUUUGCAGCCUAUCUUGUCUUUCAUCAUAUGAAGAAAAAAGAAAACCAUUUGUUACCAUAUGUACUAAUAGCAUUUUGACCAAGUGCAGCAUGUGCCAGAAGACUGCUACUAUUCAGUAUGAAGUAAAAUACCAGAAUGUGAAUCAUAAUCUUUGCAGUAAUGCCUGCCUUUCAAAGUUUCACUCUGCUAACAACUUCAUCAUGAACUGCUGUGAGAACUGUGGUGCCUACUGUUACACCAGCUCUAGUCUGUCCCACAUACUUCAGGUGGAAGGACAGUCUCAUUAUUAUAAUAGUUCAAAGAGUAUUACAGCAUAUAAGCAGAAAGCUGCCAAACCACUUACAUCUGUUCCUUGCAAACCAUUGAAGCCCUCAGAUGAAAUGAUUGAGACUACCAGUGAUUUGGGGAAGACAGAGCUUUUCUGCUCUAUUAAUUGUUUCUCUGCAUACAGUAAAGCUAAGAUGGAAUCUUCUUCAGUAAAUGUUUCCACGGCACAUGAUACUUCAACAGAGCUUCCUUCUCCAAAGAAAGAUACAACUCCAGUUAUAAGCAAUAUAGUGUCAUUGGCAGACACUCAUGUUGCCUUGCCCAUCAUGAACACUGAUGUCUUACAAGAUACAGUUUCUUCAGUAACAGCAGAUGUCAUUGUGGAUCUUUCUAAGAGUUCACCUAGUAAAUCCAGUAGUGGUACUGCUAGUAAUAUUAUGGAACAGCCAAGUCUUUCACCAUCUUCAUCAGUAUUCAGUCAGCAUGCAAUUGGUUCCAGUGUAGAAGUACAAAAAGAUAACGUAUCAAACCAGGAUCCUGCAUGUAAUAUGAAAAUAAGUGAUGAACCAUGUCACCCAAAAUGUACAUCCAAAGUACAGAAAGUUAAAGGUAAAUCGCGAAGUAUUAAAAAAUCUUGUGCAGAUUUUCAGUGUUUGGAAAACAGUAAAAAAGAUGUGACAUUCUGUUAUUCAUGCCAGUUGUUCUGCCAAAAAUAUUUUAGCUGUGAAAGAGAGUCAUUUGCAACCCACGGAACUUCAAAUUGGAAAAAAACUCUGGAAAAAUUCAGAAAGCAUGAAAAAAGUGAAAUGCAUUUGAAGUCAUUGGAAUUUUGGAGAGAAUACCAGUUUUGUGAUGGAGCUAUCAGUGAUGAUUUAUCUGUUCAUUCAAAACAGAUUGAGGGAAAUAAAAAGUACCUAAAGCUUAUAAUUGAAAAUGUUUUAUUUCUUGGAAAGCAGUGUUUACCCUUAAGAGGAAAUGACCUGUCUAUUUCAUCUGUCAAUAAAGGCAAUUUUUUAGAAUUGUUAGAAAUCAGAGCAAAAGAUAAAGGAGAAGAAAUAUUUCGACUUAUGAAUUCACAAGUUGACUUCUAUAAUAGCACACAAAUUCAAAGUGAUAUUAUUGAAAUAAUAAAGACUGAAAUAUUGCAGGAUAUUGUGAAUGAGAUCAAUGACUCCCCAGCGUUUUCAAUAAUAUGUGAUGAGACAACCAAUAGUGCCAUGAAAGAACAGCUUUCAAUUUGUGUAAGAUACCCACAAAAAUCAUCAAACACUAUCUUAAUUAAGGAAAGAUUCUUAGGUUUUGUUGAUACUGAGGAGAUAACUGGAACCCAUUUAUAUAGGACUAUCAUAACUUAUCUGCAGCAAAUUGGGGUUGAUAUGGAUAAAAUACAUGGCCAGGCCUAUGAUAGCACCACUAAUUUGAGGAUAAAAUUUAAUAAAAUUGCAGCAGAAUUCAAGAAAGGAGAACCAAGAGCUUUAUACAUACACUGUUAUGCCCACUUUUUGGAUUUAGCAAUAAUUAGAUUUUGUAAAGAAGUAAAAGAACUCCGAGGUGCUCUAAAAACUCUCAGUUCUUUGUUCAACACUAUUCGUAUGUCUGGGGAAAUGUUGGCAAAUUUUCGAAACAUUUGUAGGCUAAGUCAAAACAAAACAUGCAAGAAACAUAUAUCACAAUCGUGUUGGACAGUCCAUGAUCAUAUAUUACUAUCUGUGAUUGACGGUCUUCCAGAGAUUAUUGAAACAUUGGAAGUUAUAGCAAGCCAUUCUUCAAAUACAAGUUUUGCUGAUGAAUUGAGUGAUUUGCUGACAUUGGUUUCCAAAUUUGAAUUUGUCUUUUGUUUGAAAUUUCUGUAUCGAGUGCUAAGUGUUACAGGAAUUCUUUCCAAAGAGCUUCAAAAUAAAACCAUAGACAUUUUUUCUUUGUCUUCAAAAAUAGAAGCAAUUUUGGAAUGUUUAUCAUCUGAAAGAAAUGAUGUAUAUUUUAAAACAAUCUGGGAUGGAACAGAGGAGAUAUGUCAAAAAAUAACCUGUAAAGGUUUUAAAGUUGAAAAACCUUCUCUUCAGAAAAGAAGAAAAAUUCAGAAAUCAGUAGAUCUUGGCAAUUCAGAUAAUAUGUUUUUUCCUACUUCAACAGAAGAACAAUAUAAAAUUAAUAUCUAUUACCAAGGAUUAGAUACUGUAUUACAAAAUUUAAAAUUAUGUUUUUCAGAGUUUGAUUAUUGCAAAAUAAAGCAAAUUUCAGAACUGUUAUUUAAAUGGAAUGAACCAUUAAAUGAAACAACAGCAAAACAUGUUCAGGAAUUUUAUAAACUUGAUGAGGACAUUAUCCCAGAACUUAGAUUUUAUCGACAUUAUGCAAAACUCAACUUUGUCAUAGAUAAUAAUUGCAUAAACUUCAUCAGCCUUGGCUAUUUGUUUAUUCAGCAUGGUCUUCACAAUAAUAUUCCUUGCCUCUCAAAGCUAUUAUAUAUUGCUUUGUCUUGGCCAAUUACUUCAGCAAGUACUGAAAACUCAUUUUCUACCCUGCCACGUCUCAAAACAUAUUUAUGUAAUACCAUGGGACAAGAGAAGCUUACUGGCCCAGCCCUAAUGGCUGUUGAGCAGGAAUUGGUAAAUAAACUAAUGGAGCCUGAAAGACUCGAUGAAAUUGUGGAAAAGUUUAUCAGUCAGAUGAAAGAAAUAUAAUACUUGCUCAUUUGAACUUAACUAAGAGACUUGUAUUUCUGUUGGAAUGUUUUUAUUUCAAAAUUGUUCAAAAUUCAAAAACCAUAGAAUGAUAAACAGUGAAGUCUCCUUCCCUCCUUUGGAACUCAUUUUCUCUUCCUGAAAAGUGUUAUCUAUUCCCUAAGUAUCCCUCUAGAGGUAUUUUUCCUAAGUGAUAUUAUAUAGUGUACACUGUUCUUCAGCAUGUCUUUUCCGUGUAACAUUUUUGAGAUUGUCUCAUGUCAUUACAUGAAGAGUUUCUUGAUUCUUUGUCUAUAACUGCAGAUUUUGUAUGAAAAAUGUAGGGCCUACCAUAAUUGAGCAGUCCCUACUUACAUUUUUUUUUUCUAACCUUUGCUAUUAUAAAUAAUGAUUCAUUUUAUAACCUUGUAUGUGGGUCAUAUUGUACCAUGAGUAAGUUACUCUAUGCUGGAAAUCUAAAAUUAGAAUUCCUGGGUCAAGAUAUGUGCAUUUUUACUUUUGAGAGAUAUUGGCAAGUUGUCAUCUAUAAGGAUUGUGCCAAUUUGCAGCCCCACCCACAAUGCAUGAGAGUGCCUAUUAAAUCUUUAUCAGUGUUAUCAAA